CCCUCGAUUUCCAACCAGCCCUGUCGAUUGCUCUCGUGUUAGCGCACCACCACUGUCGACGCCGCAUUCGCGCAGACUCCAGUUCAGCGAGCUGAUUAGACGUGCACACUCCGCGCGUGCUGCUAGAAAACCGCGAUCGAGUUUUAGACGCCCUGCGUCGCCGCGAUUCACGGCAAGGGUAUGUCGGGAGAGAGAGACGUUCGCGAGAGGCUCAGGCCGCCAGGCAGCGGCAGCAGCAGCAGCAGCAACAGCGGCGUGCUUAAUUCGUCGCGAAGCGACGUCGCUUCGACCGACAGAUUCGCGAGCUCCACCCAGCUCCUAACAGCGGGAGGCUCCUCGCCGCCUCGCGACAGGUUCGCGACGUCGUCGCAUCCUGCAACCCUCGCUUCCGCGCUCUCUUCCUCCUCCUCGUCGUCUUUUUCCACCCACGCGACGCCAAUUCGCAGCGCGCCAAGCCUUAUAAUUCCUGAAUUGGUGGCGGGACCAACCGCCAACGGCGCCGCGCUUAACGGCGUCGAUUUCGGUGUGCUUAGCGGCGUCAACGGCGUUAAGGGAAUCAACGAAAUCAACGGAGUGAAGGAGGGGAUUCCGGAGAACGCUAUACUGCCCGUGAGCCACCCCCCGGCAGUGAGAAUGACAAAUGGCGGACUCGAGUCGCGCGAGGCGGGGUCUCACGCCGCCGGCCUCGCGGGAACGACAUUGCCGCGAGAUGCGGCGGAAUUUGCGGCGAUGGCGAUUGCUGCGGCGAAGGCGGCGCAGAGACGAACGCUGGAAUGCGCGAUCGACGCCGUGGACGCGCUCUCCGCGUGGUGCGGCGCCGCAAGCGCGGGGGGAAACACGGCACACGUGAGGGACUUCAGAAAGGAUGACGUCACGCCCUUCGUUACAAGCCUGGCGAGCAGCGAGGCGCAGCUGGCGCGGCAGCUACAGGCGCAGGCGUCAGUGGUGUCGGAGCUGUCGUCGCGCUCGCAGCAGCAGGUGCAGCUGCUCGGCGCGCUGCUGCAGCGCACGCAGGGGCUCGAGGGCGCGCUGGGGCGCCUGGCGGAGGGGCGCGUGCAAGAGCUGCGGCUGCAGCGCGCCAUCAUCGACAGCCUCAAGGCGCGAGUCGCCCAGCUGCAGAAAGAAGUCGCUGCGGCCAAGGCCGACGCUGCUGCCGCCUCCACUGCGGCUGCUGCUGCUGCUGCUGCCGCUGCCGCUGGUGCUGGUGAUGCUGGUGCUGCCGCUGCCGCUGCCACUGGUGGUGGUGGUGCUGCUGCUACAGCCAGGGGCUCACUGCUUGAGCUGCCGACCCAGGGGCAGGGGCAGGGGCAGGGGCAGAGGGGGGAUCAGCGGCAGGAGGAGACGGAGCAGAAUGAGGAGCAGAAUGAGGAGCAAACACAGGAGCAGGAGCAGGGGCAAAGACAGGAGCAGGAACAUCAGGAGCAGCAAGAGAGGCAGGAGGGAGAAGGAGAGGGCGAAGAGCGAAGGGGGGAGCGGAGGGAAGGGGGAGACACGGAAGGAGGGGGUGUGGUAGCGGACUUGGAUCUGAUUGGUCGAGAGGAAGAAUACACGCCGUUUAGAGAGUACUCCACACCAUCUGGCUAUAGGUUCAUCCGUUUCAGCGCGCACCGCAUCUCCCCAACGGCCUUUGCUGCCAUUGGCGUGGCUCCCCUGUCGGCCCGCAGCCUCUCCGCCCCCCUCAGCCACUGCAUCUGGCUUCCCCCCUCUGGCUCCCCCCUCCCCCCAGUGCGGGGAGCCCUCUCCGCGUUCUUCCCCUCGCACCCCUCAGAGCAACCGGAGCAACAACCCCCCGACGAACCAUCCACCACCACCACCACCCCCUCCUCCUCCUCCUCCUCUCCCUUCCCUCCCCCCUUCCCCUCGCACCUCACUCUCUGCCUCCCCCCACUCUACGGCCCGUCCCUCUCGCCCCGCGCCCUCCUCGAGUUCCUCUCGUACCACCGCCUGCUGGGCAUCGACUCCUUCCUGCUCUACAACGCAGGGGGAGCCACAGAGGGGGUGAGGGAAGUAGUGAGGCGGGAGGAGGAGAAGGGGAGAGCAGUGCUGUUGGACAUGAUGGGGCUGUUGGAGCGGGAGCACAUGUGGAAUCACGGGCAGGUGCCGGCUCUGCAUGACUGCAUCUACCGCUCGCGCCUGUCGGCUCGAUGGCUGCUGUAUGUAGACCUGGACUCUUACCUCUGGCUGCCGCCUGUCACUGAGCCGCGCCCUCUGCCCCCCCUGCAUAUCCUGCUAGAGACCUACGAUGCUGGUAACACGGUAACCACCACCAGCAGCAGCAGCAGCAACGGCACAGCUUCUGCUGCUGUCGCCACAGCCGCAGACCCCAGCCUGAGUGGGUGGGGCGACGGCAGCGGCAGCAGCAGGGGCGGCAGCAGCAGCUCAGUGGCCGGCAUCACCUUCGGCUCUCUCUGGUUCUCCAUCCACCUCUGCCGCCCGCGCGCCGACCACGAAAUCGAGGUGCUCGGCCUACCCGACCCAGCAGCAGCAGGCAUGGCAGCUGGGAGAGAAGCAGCAGCAGGAGCGGCCGCAGCAGGGGGCGUGGAUGCAGGGGGGGGGCGGCUGUGGAGGGGAGGGGUGGUGCGGGACAAAAAGGUACCCAAGGAGUCGCAAUGGGGGGGGGCGAGGGACGGAGAGCUCCAGGUGGAGCGGUUUGUGUUCCACUGGCCCGACCCCGCGUGCCAUGAGAAUGAGCACGAUGGGGAGAGGGUGUUUGACCCGUCGCUGUGCCCGGGGGAGAAGGGCCACCGCAAGUUCAUUGUGGACCCGAGACGGGUGGACACCAUGACUGUCUUCGGCCCCGCCCCUUCCGACCCAGCCUACCCGCGCAUGGCCCACCUGAGCACGAGCGACCUGCAGCUGCUGCACUACCGCGAGCUAGGGUCGGGCACGGAGCAGGGCGUGUGUGACGAGCCCACCCCCCGGUGGCGCGCAGUGGGGUGGUGGCACACGGACGCCACCUAUGGCAAGUCAAUCGCUGCGUUGAGGCAGCGGGUCACCUGCAACUUCACAGCAACUGGGUGUGAAGGCUCACCCUAUUCGUGAUCUGCACGACACAUCAAGCUAUACUGCACAACAUUGCCCCUAUUUUGAGGCAACCAAGUCAGGGAAGAACCUGUCAGAACUGAGUCACUAACCACUGAGUAAAAAGGGCUUGUUAAGUAGCGGGUAAGUGCGCCCAUAACCCCCCGGGCUCUGCACCUGUGACCCUUCCCCGAGGAUCUCAAGGGCAACCCCAGUGUGUCUCUUAACAGGACCCUCUCUGCCUCCUUGGCCCGUGAAGUGGAUUCUAGUUAUCAGCACAGCACACACACAUUUCCAGCUGGGGUACAACGGCUGACUUGUACUGUAAUAAUAAGGUGCUCUGAAGAGAGUUGUGCUUGCCAUGCUCUUGGACCUCCAAAACAAGAGGGUGGUUUCAGAGUAAUGAAUUGAGUAGAAUGUG